AUGCUGACAGGAAGGUGCUCAGUUAUCGUCAAGCACCAGGGCAAACGCCACAACGUCGAACUCGACCCCUCCUCCACCGGCGAGACGUUCAAAUACCAGCUUUACUCCCUUACUGGUGUUGAGCCAGAGCGUCAAAAGAUUCUCGUCAAGGGUGGCCAGCUGAAGGAUGAUGCGGACCUGUCGAAGCUGGGUGUUAAGCCCGGCCAUACCUUCAUGAUGAUGGGGACACCUUCCGAGGGCGCCGUAAAGCUCGAGAAGCCCAAGGAGAAGAUCCGCUUCCUGGAGGACAUGACGGAGGCUGAAGCCGCGCAGUCGGAGGGCGCCACACCAGCCGGCCUGCAGAAUCUGGGGAACACAUGCUACAUGAACUCUACGCUCCAGGCACUCAGGUCGAUUCCUGAGCUACACGAUGAGCUUCUGCGCUACAACGCAAGCUCAAGCUCCAGCGGCCCCAGCAACCUAAGCCAGUUCGGCCUUGGUGGAUUAGGCGCCUCUCUGGACCUGACUGCCUCCCUACGCGACCUCUUCAAGCAGAUGUCCGAGACCCAAGAAGGCUUCCCUCCGCUCAUGUUCCUCAAUGCCCUGCGCACAGCUUUCCCUCAGUUCGCCCAGCGGGCCAAAGAUGGUCACGGCUACGCACAACAGGACGCUGAAGAGGCAUGGUCACAGAUAGUGUCGCAGCUGCGACAGAAGUUGAAGACGAACAACGCAGACUCGAGCUCAGAGCAGGCUAAAGACAUGUCGUUCAUCGACAAAUACAUGGCGGGGAAAUUCGAGUCUGUGAUGGAGUGCGACGAGUCCGCCGCAAGGGAAGGUGGGGAGGAACCCAUCAAGAGCCAGGAGCAGUUUUUCAAGCUCAACUGCCACAUCAAUGCCGAGACGAACCAUCUGCGGGAUGGCCUGGCUGCAGGUUUGAAGGAGCAGAUCGAGAAGAACUCGCCCGUACUGGGGCGAAACGCGAUCUAUACGAAGACUUCCCAGAUCUCCAGACUACCGAAGUACCUUCCAGUUCACUUCAUGCGGUUUGACUGGCGUCGAACGACCAACAAGAAGGCCAAGAUCAUGCGCAAAGUCACGUUCCCACAAGAGCUCGAUACCGUAGAGUUCUGCACAGAGGACUUGAAGAAGAAGCUCGUUCCUAUCAGGGAUAAGAUUCGAGAGAUCCGGAAGGAAGAGGAAGAUGUCGAGCGCGCCCGCAAGCGGCAGAAGCGGAUACAGCGCGGAGAGGAGGACGCCAACAUGGACCCUGAAAUCAGACCCAAGGGACCUGCUAACGAAAAGAAGCUUGCCAAGGAUAAGGCUGAAGCCGCGAAGACUUCCUCGGGAGACACCGAGAUGCAGGACGUCGUGUACAAGACGGAUGCGGAGAUCGAGGCCGAGCGCGCUGCAUCGAUUCUUGCGGCGAAGAAGGAACUACUUUCGCUCGUCACUCCUGAACUAGCGGCUGACGAUGGUGCGAACCAGACGGGGCUUUAUGAGCUUCGUGGCGUCAUCACGCAUCAGGGUGCCAGUGCUGACAGCGGUCACUACACGUCCUUUGUCAAGAAGGAGGGCCGCAAGGAUCCGGUGACUGGCAAGCGGAGAGAGGAGGACGGCAAGUGGUGGUGGUUCAACGAUGACAAGGUCUCCGAGGUGGAACCGGAGAGAAUAGAGACCUUGUCUGGUGGCGGCCAGAGUCACUCAGCCCUCAUUCUUCUCUACCGCGCCGUUCCCCUUCCUACCCUAGAUGAGCAGGCCGAGGAGAACAAAGCUUGA